CGCCCCCGUAGGGGGCGGGGCCUCGUUCCGAGCUCGGAGUCAGCCACAGUCCCAGCCUGCCCUGCGCGGGCCACCGAGAGCCACUCAGUGACUCACCUCGGGCGCUCUAACUCUUCGCAGCUUUUCCCUCACACACGCUCACGCCCGGCUUGAGAUGGCGGCGGCGGCGGCGGCGGUGGCGGCGGCGGGGGACUCUGACUCCUGGGACGCAGACACCGUGGAAGACCCGGUGCGGAAGGUGGGGGGCAGCGGCACCGCCGGCGGGGACCGCUGGGAAGGCGAGGACGAGGACGAGGACGUUAAGGAUAACUGGGAUGAUGAUGAUGAUGAAAAAAAAGAGGAAGUAGAAGUAAAACCAGAAGUAAAAAUUUCAGAAAAGAAAAAAAUAGCAGAGAAGAUAAAAGAGAAAGAACGGCAACAGAAAAAAAGGCAAGAAGAAAUUAAAAAGAGGUUAGAAGAACCUGAAGAACCUAAAGUGCUAACACCAGAAGAACAAUUAGCAGAUAAACUUCGGCUAAAGAAAUUACAGGAAGAAUCAGACCUUGAAUUAGCAAAAGAAACUUUCGGUGUUAAUAACACAGUUUAUGGAAUAGAUGCUAUGAAUCCAUCUUCAAGAGAUGAUUUCACAGAGUUUGGAAAGUUACUAAAAGAUAAAAUUACACAAUAUGAAAAGUCACUAUAUUAUGCGAGUUUUUUGGAAGCUUUAGUUCGAGAUGUGUGUAUUUCAUUGGAAAUUGAUGACUUGAAAAAGAUUACCAAUUCAUUGACUGUGCUUUGCAGUGAAAAACAGAAGCAAGAAAAGCAAAGCAAAGCCAAAAAGAAGAAAAAAGGUGUGGUUCCUGGAGGGGGACUGAAGGCCACGAUGAAAGACGAUCUGGCAGAUUAUGGUGGUUACGAUGGAGGAUAUGUACAAGACUAUGAAGACUUUAUGUGACAUUUUAUCUUCUGGUGUCUUCUUUCUGUUGCCCACAAUCCCUUCAACAUGUAGCACAAUUUCGUUUCCUUUCAGUUCUGCCAAAUGCUACAAUCAUAAGUGCAGUAUCUUUUGUGCUGGUUAUUUAACCCCUUGACACUUAGGUGCUAAUGUGCAAAUGAGGGAACUUGGAUCUUGCUGCCAAGGGGUUAAAAUUUGGAACCUCAACUGCUACUAAAUCAUAGUUGAAAAACAGAUCUAAUAAUGUCAUUGUUGCUAUCUGAUUCCAUAGCAGCAUUCACCAGAUUGGAAACAAAGGUUGCAACAUGACAAAAAAUUAUGUAGUAUUUACCAGCACCAUUCAGUAAUACAGCCUUAACCAUACCUCCUUGAACUACUUCAUAAUUUGUUAAGAAAAGCAGUUUGUAGUAAGGGCGUGUGAUGUGCACCUAGUAUUAAAAUUGCUUUGUCUUAAAAUCGAGCGUGAGGAUAUUGAAAAUCCAUUGUGAAGAAGACUGCUUAUCUCAGAAUGAAGAUAUUUAAAAAUUAAAUGACCAAACCCUCCAACUUUGAAGCUGAAGAAGGGUAAACCUCUCCAUUAUUGCAGUACAAGUUGUGGAAUCUGUUGAGUGCAUAGACUAUCUAGUUUUUAAUUUAUUAGACUAUUUCUUCUGAUGGCGUGCUUCAAGAUGGGGAAGGGAAACUACCUGAUUCAAGUGUCUGAGAAAUAAAUCUCUUGUUCUUUUAGGCUGCAGUGGAACAAACUUUAACAGGGUUUUGGCAUUUCCUUUUCUUUAUAAAACAUGCUCAGCAAACUGCACCAGUUAACUACAGUUUGGUAAAUUGUUACGUUCCCAAUUAUGACAUCUGCGAUGUUUUAUAAAGUAACUAAUUUAAUAAAAUUACUAUUGUGAGGACUUAAAUUUUGUGUUACAGCCCAAGAGCUAUUUUUGGAGAGUACAGAAUGCAGCUCUUGGGACUAGUUGCUUAUAUACAUACUAAAGCUUAAUCAGUGCUUGGUGUAGUUACAGCUUUAAAACAAUGAUUUGCCAGGUCAUUAGGUUGCCAUAGAGCAACAAAGCUAUAAGGCUAUCUUCUUAUUUAUUUGGGAAAUUAUUUUGUUUAGAUACUAAAGUCUAAUUAAAUAUAAGAACUAUUUAUUUGGAGAUUAGAAGCCUACAACUCAGGUUAUGGGUACAAGCAUAAACUGGGAUCUUUAUCUUAUCCUAAGUGAUUUAAUAAGAUUUGUGAGUUUGUCUUUUUUUGGUCCCAGUUGCCACAGCUAGAACAAAAAGUAUUUUUAAGUGUGAAACAGGACCAUUAAAUGACUUGGUGAAUUAAUAGAAGGUCUGACUACACAGCAAUAAUUAUAGCAAAUACUGUUUUAAGGCCGACAAGGGCUAAGAUUUCCUUAGCAGUAAUAAUGACAUACACUGAAUUUAAAAUCUAUUUUAUUAUAGAAAGAUCAGUUUCUAACAAAUGAAAAUGUAUCACCUGUUCCUUAACUGUGUAAAUAAUAUUAAAUUUCUUUGAAACUGGAA